GUCAAACAACACGUGCGUUGGCUCCGGGUUGUGGUGGAUAGCUCGCUGUUUACAUAUUUUCCAUAAUUAAGAAUAUAAUUGAACAACGGGGGAUACUCUUUCGAUAUGGGGGGUCUUCAAAAGAAAAAGUUUGACAGGGGCGCUGCCAGCAACUACAUAACUAGGAACAAAGCUCGCAAGAAGCUGCAACUGAGUCUGGCAGACUUCAGACGCCUGUGCAUUCUCAAAGGCAUCUACCCCCAUGAGCCCAAACACAAGAAGAAGGUGAACAAGGGAUCCACAGCCCCAAGGACAUUUUAUCUGUUGAAGGACAUUCGCUUCCUGCUGCAUGAACCAAUUGUUGGAAAAUUCAGAGAGUACAAGGUAUUUGUACGCAAACUAAGAAAGGCAUAUGGAAAAUCAGAAUGGACGGGAGUGGAGAGACUUAGAGAGAACAAGCCAGUCUAUAAGCUGGACAAUAUCAUCAAAGAGAGGUACCCCACCUUCAUUGAUGCCCUCCGUGAUAUGGACGACGCUCUUUCGAUGUGCUUUCUCUUUUCCACCUUUGCCCGAACAGGAAAAUGUCAUGUCCAGACCAUCCAGCUUUGCAGGCGUCUUACUGUAGAGUGGAUGAACUAUGUAAUCACAUCUCGUGCACUCAGAAAGGUUUUCCUCUCAAUCAAAGGGAUGUACUAUCAAGCUGAAGUCCUUGGACAACUCGUUACAUGGAUGGUGCCCUACCAGUUUGCCCAUGAUCACCCAACAGAUGUGGACUACAGAGUAAUGUCAACGUUCACUGAGUUGUACACCACGCUACUGGGGUUCAUCAACUUUCGUCUUUACCAUUCCCUCAACCUUAUCUACCCACCAAAGCUGGUCUGUGAAGGAGAGUCAGAGUUGAAGGCAGAGAACGAAGACGACUAUGCUAUGGACUCUGAAAGCUACCUAGAGAAACUGUCAGCCCUGAGUUCCAGUCUGGCACGGGUGGUUUCUACGGCGGAGGAGGAGGAGGCUGAAAUGGACCACUUCCCUGCUGAAGGGGAGGAUAUGGAGAAGAUGGAGGCUAGAGAGAAGGAGCAAAAAGAACAGGAGGCUCAGAAAAGACUCUUUGAAGGACUUAAGUUCUUCCUCAACAGAGAAGUGCCCAGAGAGUCUCUUGCUUUUGUCCUCAGAUGUUUUGGUGGUGAGGUGUCCUGGGACAAGUCUCUUUGCAUCGGUGCUACAUACGACAUGACAGAUGAGACCAUCACCCAUCAGAUUGUUGACAGACCCAACGUGGACAAGCAGUAUAUCAACAGGUACUAUAUCCAGCCCCAGUGGGUGUAUGACUCCAUCAAUGCCAAAGUGCUCCUCCCUGUGGAGGACUACUUCAUUGGAGUGUCUCUGCCUCCCCACCUGUCUCCCUUCGUGGAGGAAAAGGAUGGAGACUAUGUGCCCCCUGAGAAGCUCAAGAUCAUGGCCUUGCAACGGGGAGAAAAAGCUGAUGAAGAUGAGGAGGGUGACGAAGAGGAAGAAGAAGAUGAGGAAGAAAUUGAAGAGGAUGAGGAGGAAGUAGAAGAAGAGAUGAAUUUGAAGAAGAUGGAAGAGCAGCGAUCCCAGGGCAAGUCUCUACCAGUGAAAGUGACUCCCGGAAAAGUGAAGGUAGAAAACCGUUCACGCUUGGAGCAGGAGGAGAAAGCAGAGGAGAAACGGCUUGCCAUCAUGAUGAUGAAGAAAAGGGAGAAGUACCUUUAUGACAAGAUAAUGUUUGGAAAGAAGAGAAAAAUCCGAGAGGCAAACAAGCUUUCUGCCAAGAGAAAGGCCCAUGAUGAUGCCAAAAAGGCAGAGAAGAAAAAGGCCAAAAAAUAAUGGUCAUCUUGUAUUUUUCACAGACUGACUUUUUGUAUGCUAACCAAUGACGCUGCAUGUAUUACUGAUUAAUGCAUCGUGAAACAAGUGAAACAUUUUGGCUCAUCUAUGUUUUCAGGCCUCAAAGCAGGAUGAAACGUAAAUAAGUGUCAUUAAUAUGCCUAUGUAUGUAAUGUUAGAUGAUCUGGUCUGUGUAAACUGUGUUCAGUAGUAUACAAGGAAGUUUCCUUCUCUUCAUUUUAAAUCUUGUAUAAUAAAAAUGGUUCUCUCUUCUACAGUAAAACCUCUUUAAAACAA